AUGAGACUAAUCCGCUGCCGUUAUAAUCAAUUUAAUGAUAUUCCAGUAUUAUCGCCAAGAAUAUCAUCUCAACAAGAGUUAUUCGUAGAUAUUUAUAUCGGACAACCUAAUCAAGGCAGCCAUCCGUUAGCUUUUCAAUUAAGAUGGUUGAGAGAGGUUCGCCAUGGUCAAAUUGAUAGCUCAAUUCAUGAAGCUCUAAGUAAACUAUUCCAAUUAGCCAAUGGAAAUAAUUUACCUUUGGAACAGCUAAUCGAACUUUUCUUAAGUAAUCCUCAUAUUGAUAGCUGUUUUCCACAUAGUUUACAAUCAGUUCAAAAUGAUAAUGAUCCAACAUUGCAAUUUCUUCAUUUAAAUCAUAGUCAAGAUAGUCAUUAUCAUCAACUUCAAGUUAAUCAAGACAUCGGUAGGAUUAUCGAUCAAUUUGUCUCUAAUGAUUUUGUUAAAUGGAUCUACGAUAAAGCUAUCGAUAUCUAUAAACAACAGGUUAAAGAAAACGAUAAUCCACAUGCAUACUAUCAAUUAGGUUAUAUUUAUCACUAUGGCCUUAGUUCAAUUGGUAUGGAUGCCAAUAAAGCGUUUAAAUGUUAUCGAAGCGCAGUCAAUAAAAAUCAUCCUGGAGCUCAAUUUAUGCUAUAUCAGUUAUAUUCUAGUCAAAAGCGAUGCCAUCGUUUAUCAAGCCGUAAUGAUUAUUGCACUAAACGCCCCACGCAAGUGGUAACAAAAUGUCCGUCGCCAGAAAUACUGCAAUCAGCUGCAACUAUGACUGAAACUGCAAGCGUUGAAACAAUUGGUGAUCACAGUAUGCCACAAUCAAGCGAUGAUUGUGCAAAUAAUUUGUAUAAUUUUUCUUGCCUUGGUGGGCAUUCUAAUAUAGCAGCUACAACAUCGUCCUUACUAACUUUGACCGAUAAUAGCAAUUUAUCGCAUCGCUAUGUUAAGGUGAUUGAUAAUAUACAAUUGAUUGAAUUAAAGGUCAAGAUGUAUGUGAAAGCUGCUGCUACCGGUAAAGGUUACACUGAUGCUUAUCAUCAGCUUAGUAUAGGCUAUGAUAUUUGGCCAUUAUGGCGUGAAGCUAUCCACCGAUUGCAUUCACAAUUGCUUGAAACUAUUAAUCAUGGAAAUCGAUCCAAUCAAUUAACUCAACAUCAAUUAGCAGACACAUAUAAUCAACUGGGAUUUUUAACUCUUUUUCUUAAUAUUACCAACAUAGAAGUAGAUAACAAGAAAGCACUAUUAUAUUUUAAUAAAGCGGCAGCAUUGGGUAAUCCAAGCGGCUACUAUAAUAUCGCUGAAAUGUAUUCCCAAGGCUAUACUACCGGAAUCAGUCUUGAUCAAGAAGAGUGUGAAAUGAUUAUUAUCAACUAUCGCUGCUCAGCAGCUGAACAUGGCCAUCACUUGUCACAAUUUUUAAUGGGGUUGUACUAUACUCAUUAUCAAGAAAAUUUAAUUAAAAGUUCGUACUAUUUUAUCCGUUCCUUGCAGUACGGUUAUGCGGCUACAUUAUCUUAUAUAACAUUUUACUACUUUCACGGUUGGGGCGGAGUUAAACAAGAUUUCCAUCGGGCUUAUUUAUAUUGUUUACUAAGUGCUACCGCAAAUGAUUAUGAUUUUGCUAUUACUGGCAAGGAUAAUCGUUCUGAAGCAUACGAUAUGCUUGGUUAUAUGUAUGAACAUGGCCUAGGCGUUGAAGUCAACUAUCAAACAUCGCUUCAAUGCUAUGCUCAAGCUGCACGUCUAGGCAAUUUACAGUCAUGUUGUUGUUUAGCUAAACUAAUCGAAAAGGGGAAAGCUGAUAUUAAUGAUCGUUUAACUAAUGCUGUACAAUUAUAUAAAUUUGCAGCAGCUUCCACUAGUUGUGUGCAGGGCUACGCAAAUUAUCGCCUGGGUAAAUUAUACAGAAAUAAUCAAAAUAUUGAUUUUUAUGAUCAAGAAUUAGCUAAAAUCUAUUUUAAGCAAGCUUGUAAUUUCUAUCAGCAAAUUCUAGAGACUGCAAGACCGGCACAACUCUAUCAUUUAGGCAUCAUGCAUCAGUAUGGUUAUGGUACUGAUAUCGAUAAAGUAACUGCUAGUAAUUACUAUAAAAAUGCUAUUAAUCAAUCACAACAAUCAAAAAAUAUAUUUGAUCUUUACUAUAGUAAAAAAGCGAAGAAGCGAUAUGAACAAUUAAAUAUUCAUCCCAAUUGA